UCCUUUUCUUUUCCCACCUCAGGCCUUGGUUUGUCCGCCAUACUUCGAAGUCUUGAUUACAACCAGUACUUGAAGGUGCUGUUUUCGUAUUUGGACCCAGUCCUUAUCAAUAAAGAGCGUAGCAGGUUUGUGAGGUGUUGGCACGCAGAGACUGACGGUUGGGCAGCAUCGACAUUCCACAGUAACUGCGAUGGAAGGGGACCCACAGUGACCAUCAUCAAAGUUAACAGUUAUAUCUUUGGUGGAUACACUGACGUGUCCUGGACCAGCAGUGAGUAAAAAUAAAGCAAACAUCUCUCACAUGUAGAACAGAUAACAAAUCGAUUAGUUGUGGACUUUUCUAGUAGCAGUGAGUUCAUCUUAGAAACAGAAAAUAUCACAUUAACAAUUGCGAUCCCAAAGUAGAUUAACUCGUAAAUAGCCUUAAAACGCGUUUGAAACGGGUUUUAACUCAAAGUCUUGUUUCGGAUUUGAUUUUUGAUCAGAGUUUGCUUUUGAUUUGAUUUGAUUCUGACAGCUCCAUUUCGUGUCAUUUCCCCGUGUUUCGCUGUAUCCAUUAUUCAUAUUGGAGAGCUGAAACGAAGGAUGUUUAAUUAAUGCUCUCUUUAGAUCAUAUGUUGCCUUUGAACAACACUUCGGACCAUAUCUCGAGUGCUUUUUUUGAAAAGUGAAAAUAUGCUCUCGAGUUCUUUGAAAUUUUCUCUGACAAAUUUAAGUGUUCGGUUCUAGUUCGGGAAAUAAAAAAAAUUAAUUUUUUUAUGGUUAUCAUCAUGUAUUUUUUUCUCAUUGGCAUAGUUUCUAAUGCUCCUAAAUCUUUUCAUUUUAGGUCCCUGUGCUUCUUCUUCAGCCAGCAAAGCUUUUGUUUUCUCUCUUUACAACGUCAAAGGAUACAAUCCUGUGAAGCUGACACAAUACCAAAACCAGCAUUACGCAAUGUACAGAUGUUCCUCCUACGGACCCAUUUUUGGUUGGGGACAUGACAUCAUCAUAUAUGACGACGCUGUAAACAAUCAAGACUCUUAUACUGAAUGCGGCCAGACGUACAAAAACCCCACGGGUUAUUCGGGUGUAAACUGUGGAUUUUUCACAGGAAGUCGUCAUUUUACUCCAUCUGACAUUGAGGUUUUUUUCGAAAUAACAAACUAA